AUGGCCGCCAUGUGGAUGACCAAAUGCGGUGUCACCACACGCCUUGUCGAGCAACGACCAUAUCAGCUUCGGGUUGGCGGUGCGGACGGUAUCCACCCACGCUCAAUGGAGAUGUUCGAGAGUUUCGGCCUCGAUCAGGAGAUCACGCAGGUAUGGGAGCCCAUCACGGGGUGGGCGCUUUGGUGUCGAAACGCCGAGGGAACUCUCGCCAGAUCCGAUCGGAUGGAUAAUCCUACCCCGGUGCGCUGCAGAUGGGGGCCGGGACUGCUACAGCAGGGCAUCAUAGAACGGAUCAUCAAGGAGCAUAUCUCAGAGCAACCUUUUGUUCGGAUCGAAUAUGAAACUGCGCCGACCUCACUUGUUGUCAAUGAAGAUGCGCUGGGUGAUCCAGACAGUCAUCCCUGUGUGCUUAGUCUGCGCCAUGAUGACGGUGUCGAGGAACUGGUCCGGGCGAAAUAUGUCAUUGGGGCGGAUGGAGCACGCUCGUGGACCAGGAAGCAACUGGGAUUCCGGAUGGAGGGGACGCGGACUCGAUCCGUCUGGGCUGUCACGGAUCUGGUCGUUGUGUCGGACUUUCCAGACAUCCGGAUAUGCACGACAGUCAACAGCUACGGCGAAGGAGGACUCUUCUUCCUUCGGCGGGAGCGCGGCCUGACCCGUUUCUACGUCCAGCUAAAUCGCGCCGAUGAGGAGGAGUUUCCUGCUGCGUCCAUUACGCAAGAGCUCAUUAUUCAGAAACUACGGAGCCUGCUGAGGCCUUAUACAUUUACUGUCACGCGUUGUGAAUGGUGGUCAAGCUAUACUGUAGCUCACUAUUUAAGCAAUGGGAUGACCAAGCAUGAUCGCGUCUUCCUCGUCGGCGAUGCUGUGCACAACCACUCUCCGCUGGUUGGUCUAGGCAUGAACAUCAGCAUGCACUCCCAUACUAAUGCUACACCAAGAGACUCGUACAAUCUGGGAUGGAAACUCGCCGGAGUGCUCAAAAAACAACUGAACCCUGCUAUUCUAUCAACCUACGAGACAGAGCGACGCCCUGUUGCGGAAGAACUGAUUGAAACAGAUCGCUUUCAUCUGCAGCUCUUCGACGCGGUCACUGUCACAGGCUCAGAGCCGGCCUGGAUGCAGGAGCGCGAGGAGGCCUUACAGCCUUCCAUGCAAGGCUUUGCCGUCCACUACCAAGACCCGCUUCUUACCGCAGCAACGGAAAAAGAACGCAGGCCUGACGCUGUGACACCAGGGAAGCGCUUCCCGCAGUUGAACGUGUCUAAUCAUGCAACAGGGAAAGCCUAUUCAAUACAAUCACUUCUCAAAAGCGAAGGAAGAUUUCACGUCAUUGUUUUUGCUGGAGAUCUCUCCCAGCCAGAGGAACUGAAUCGAUUCAACACCUUUGGCGCUGCGCUGGAGCAAAUCGAGGAACAGAUUGUCCCGGCCUCGAUGGGAAAGUUCAAUGUUAUUGCCGUGCACCGGACCCACAAGACAGCGAUUGAGCUUGCGAGCAUGGCGAACAUUUUCUUCCCUGUUUAUGAGCCCACGGGAAGAGACUACAACCGGGUCUAUUGCGACAUGCAGACGAGCUAUGAGGAGGCUGGGAUCAGCGAACGGGGCGGUGUGGUGCUGGUUCGCCCAGACCAGUAUGUGGGAUGGUGUGGCGAGCUGGAGGAUGUUGCAGGAUUGACAGGCUAUCUGCAGCCGAUUUUUGAGGUGAUGAAGCAUGCAUAG